ACGCGCACGACGCGAAACACCAAAUACGUGCAAGAUGGUAUACGACUGGGAUGGCAAAGAGGCCGAUUGCUAUCGUUUGUACGUCGAGGAGAGGAGGUCCUUGGACGAGGUAAUGGACUUUUGGAGAAUCCGGGGGUUCUCGCCAAGUAAACGCGCAUUUCAAACCCAGUUCAAGCGAUGGGACUUUCCAAGCAAACAAAAUCCCGCGCACAAAAACGCGGCUCUCGUUGCCCGCGUCAAAGAGCUAUGGGAAAAGAACGUCAGUCAGCGGGACAUGUUACAAACCCUGAAUGAUGAAGGGCAUGACAUCAAGGAACGCGAGCUCAUGCGGGUACGAGCAAAGAACAGGUGGUUGUUGAGAGUUCCCAAUGGCAUGAAGGGUAUGCCUACACCACCGUUACCCCCACCCUCGGCAAAUGUCCCGGAGAACGUCCUCAUGCAAGAGCUGCAAGAGGCUAUUAAUCAAGAGAACGCUGGUGUGACUGAUGGGGCUGUUGGCGAAGCUCCAACUUCUAUGGGCGCUAGACAACCCUCGCCUGAACCUACACCAGAAGUUCUACGCAAAAGGAAAGAGCGCCUAGACAAGCUGCAGCAAGAAAGCGAAGAACGCUGGCGGACUCGGAAACGUAGGCGACGGACCCGCGGUUGGGCCGGUCUGCCCGCAGAUCCUGAAGGUCCACCUCGGUUCCCUUCCGAAACCACAAUCGAUGAAAGCAAGGCGUACCUCAAACUAGACAAUGAGAUGUACCGCCAGCUGAGGGACCAGUUCCAAACGAUCUGCGAAGAAGAGAGUGUGAUAAAGAAGACCCUGGCUGGACCUGAGAAGUGGCAGCAGGUUAAAGACCGUCUGAUCAGAGAAAACGAGCAUCUGCAAACUGUGUUCUGGGAUGAGCACUCGGAUAAGCCAGAUCAAAGGACAUUAUCGCUAGACGUUAUUUGUACAGACGUCACGAAGCGCAUGCGGACUCUCGAACGCCGAAUGACGAUUGCAGAAGCGAAAAAUGUAAUCGGCGUCAACCCAGAAGAGAGUCGAACAAUCAGGACUGCGUUCUACAACAUCCUCAAAGCAGACCAUUUCACCAGCAAAUUGGAGACCGGCGAUGAACACUGGCAAGAGCUGAAGCAACAGUGGUUUGCUGAAUGCGAUAUCAUUAAGCGUAUUCUGGCUCCUGGGGAUUCUGACCCUCAACACCAAGACCGACUCAAGGCGCUGGAGGUGCUUUGUCGGGAUGUCAUGAAGCGACUUAGAGACGACCAAACAAAGCGUGAUCCGUCCCGUAAGAAGCAGGCCAACACGGGCCCAGGUCCAGGACCGGCCCCUCCACGUCCUGGAGCGACCGGACCCCGUCCUCAAGGUGCCGCUACUAGCCCAAUGAACCACAUCCCCGCCGGCUAUGCACCUACCGCGCCGAUGAUGAGCACACCCGCGACUUCGGCGGAGACCAGCAGCGGCGCUGACAUACAGAUCGACCCAUCCCUCCUCCUUGCGGCCAGUGACCUUGCCGGGCAACAAGCCCAGAACCAGGUCAACACCCCAGCGCCCAUGCCAAGUCAGCCUGAAUUUACCAUGCCCUCGUCUGCUACAACAACAGUGCAGCAGCAGGUGCAAGACUUUGCUGCGUAUGCGCCGCAGUCUUACUCAGAUGCGUCGCCCACGCCGAUACCAGUGUACUUCCGAUUGCAUCCACACAGUGCCAUCCAGACGGACCCGCGGCUCUGGCUGGGUGCUUUGACGUCGGGGACGAUGGACGAGCUGCGGGCGUUGGCGACGAGGAAUCACGCGGGGGCGACGGUUGUGCGCAUCGAGGGCGUGGUGAAGGGGCAUGAUUUCAAGGAGGUGAAUUAUUCCAUCGACGACAACGAGGAAUUGGGCGGGUACCUGGCGCACAUGUCGACAGGCAAGGUGACGUUCGCGGUGCAGCUUGCUUGAUGUGGUGGAGUGGGGACGUCUAGAGAUGUGGGGUUAGCUAUAGUAGCAUGAAACCGGGCGAGUCUGGAGCUUGCAUCGAACGAUCGUGUCCUUCCCAGGGAAGCACAGCAAAGCGCCGAUCGGGAC